GAGAGAGUCUGUGUUGCAUCAUCAGCCCAAGGGCACAACAGCAGCUUGCCUGCCUGCAGCCUGCUGCCGCUGCCCCUGCCGCAGCGGUGCGUCAAAAUUAGCAGCAGCCGGCAGGGAGUGUCCACAGUUCACACCUCCUAUAUUUUUCUCCUUUCUCUUAGCCCCCCUCAGCUCCCCUAAUAACACUCUCUUUUGUGUAAGCUCAUCUUAACCUCGGCCAAGAACAUACCAGAGAUUCGAAGGGAAAAGGAAAGAAGAAAGCUUCAGCGCGCGACGAGCUGCCAGCAACCAUGGACUUCGACGAGCACGAUGACGGCGACGGCGAUGAGGAGAUGCCGCCGAUUCCAGUGAGCUUGAGCUACGAGCCGCAGCUGCAGCCGGGGCUGGGACUGGGAGGCGGUGGCACGCCGAAGCCGGGGGAUUCCGGAGGCGGGGUCUUCAGGACGCCAGGCGGCUGCGGAGUGAGAGGAGAUGCUGGUGGGCGCACGAGGUAUCGGGAGUGCCUCAAGAACCACGCGGUCGGCAUCGGUGGGCACGCGGUGGAUGGCUGCGGCGAGUUCAUGGCCGCGGGCGAGGAGGGCUCCAUCGACGCGCUCCGCUGCGCGGCCUGCGGCUGCCACCGCAACUUCCACCGCAAGGAGUCCGACUGGCCCACGGGCGCCGCGUCCGCCGAGCCCGCCGCGCUGUCCCCGGCCGCCAUCACCGCCUACGGCGCCGCGGCGCAUCACCAGUUCUCCCCCUACUACCGCACCCCGGCCGGGUACCUCUACCAUCAGCACAAGCAGCUGGCGGCCGCGGCCGCGGCCGCCGGGCACAUGCAGCGGCCGCUCGCACUCCCCUCCACCUCCCACUCUGUCCGCGACGAGGGCGACGACAUGUCCGGGAUGAUCGGCCCCAUGGUGGUGGCGCCCAUGGUGGGAAUGUCCCUCGGCUCGGGCGGCCCGUCCGGCUCCAGCUCCGGCAAGAAGCGGUUCCGCACCAAGUUCACGCAGGAGCAGAAGGACAGGAUGCUGGCAUUCGCCGAGCGGCUGGGGUGGCGCAUCCAGAAGCACGACGAGGCCGCCGUGCAGCAGUUCUGCGAGGAGGUGUGCGUCAAGCGCCACGUGCUCAAGGUCUGGAUGCACAACAACAAGCACACCCUCGGCAAGAAGCCAUUACCCUGAGACGCGCGCGCACCCCCGCCGCUGGCUCCUGCCUCGGCGCCGGUGCUAGCUAGGUCUAGGUAUACUACUACUGAAGUACUGAUCGCAUUGCACCAUCUGCAACUUAGCCUUUUCUUUUUGUCUUCUUUAUUUUAGCUAGCUUUAGCUAGGUUCGUAGCGAGCAGCGGUUCUUGGGUUUAGCAAUUUAAGCUAGGAUGGAGGAGAUGGCUGUUGUUCUUUUUCUUCUUCUUUUUUUCUCCUUAUUUUACUGUGGUUCCUUGGCUCUGUGUUGGAUGUGUUGGUUUCCUAGAUGGGGAUGAGAUGAUCAUGACAUUGGUGCAUGUUGGGAAGGAGGGCAUGCCAUGGCCAUUCGCCUAUUUGGAUCUUGGGAAUGUACUUGUUGCAAUUGAAAUUUCCUGUCU